GGCCCUGUUUUCUAACAUUUAUUUGGUACCUGCUGGGAGUUAAGACAGCUGUUACGGGUUGCUUCAUGCGUACGUGCGCGUGUGGAAAAAAAGUUUGACAGUUGAGAGGCGGGCCGAAAGAGCAGAGCACAGCCCCGGCAAGCACAACUGGGUGAAGACAGACAGAGUCAGCCUUUCUCCUCCAUCGAUGUCGGCCACUUUGUAAUCGUGGGAGCUUGCUUGCCUCGGCGAACUCUGUCAGACACUCCGUCCUGUCAGGCCCCAGGCCAGGGUUGGAGCCCCACUGGGCAGAGCAGGAAGGGAGGAGAGGGAGAGGGAUCAUCUCACUGUACAAGGAAUUCACUGACGAUGUCGCCUCCCGUCUCCAAGACUGUUCGGAAAGUUGUCGAAAAGGAGGAAGAAGUAGCCAGGGAGUUGUGUGCGUUAAUAGAAAAGCUUUCCAAUGAGUCAGUUGAUCAGAGAGGAACCUUCAACAUUGGAUUAUCUGGGGGAUCCAUGGCUAAAUUUGUGUGCAGUGGACUACCAUCUAUUAAAACCAAUUGGGAAAAGUGGUCCCUAUUCUUCUGUGAUGAGCGGCUUGUACCUUUUACUGCUGAGGACUCGACAUACAAAAUUUACCGAGAAGGGCUAGUUGGAAAAACUCCCUUGACAGAGGAACAGUUUGUUCUUAUCAACCCUGACUUGGAUGUGGCAGAUGCGGCUAAGGACUAUGAAGAAAAGUUACGAGCUAGCUUCCCAGAUUCUGAAUGGCCAGCAUUUGACAUUCUGUUGCUGGGUAUGGGACCAGAUGGACAUACUGCAUCACUCUUCCCAGGUCACCAGUUGCUUGAAGAAAAAGACAUUUGGAUUGCUGCCAUCAGUGACUCUCCGAAGCCCCCGUCAUGUCGUGUGACUAUGACUUUCCCUGUGAUAAACAAUGCCAAGUGCUGUGUGUUUGCCAUGGCUGGCCAAGGAAAGGCCGAUAUGGUGAAGCGCAUCCUUGGAGAUGGUGAAGCUUUGCCUUCUGGUAUGGUGAAGCCUGUCAAUGGAGAACUGAUUUGGAUAUUAGACAAGGCAGCAGCUUCAAAACUCUGAAAAGUGAAGACCUUGAUAGUGUACUGGUCAUACAUUAAUUGAAAUCAAAAUAUACGUAUCAUUUUGAGAAACUUAUAUUUUCAUGCACUGUAUUAUAAAAUGUGUGUACAGGAUAGCAGUGGCAAGCAGCAUUUAUGAGUGCUUCUAUGAUUCAGCAAACUGUGAUCAAAUUUAUAAGUAACUAUCUAUUGGAGAUGUUUAUUAAAUUAGUAAAUAACUUUCAGCUUUUAUUUGAUAUCUAAUCUUAUUGGACAGAUUCAGCAGCCUUUGCCAAAUUUAUUUACCUUUCAUGUAGCUGGUACAGUACUGUAUAUGUAAAUGGUUAAUCAACAAUUUAUGAGAAAUUUUUUCUAUGUCAGUCCUUUAAUUAAUAACAAUCAGCAUUAUAAAUUGCCAUAGCAAAGUAAAGUUUGAGGCUUAACUAAUGAAUUCUGGGUACAAUGUACAGUAUGAUACUGUUUUUCCAGUCAAACCCUUGAAGCAAAUUCACAAAACAUUUAUACAGAAAAAUUUAAG